GUUCUCUCUCUAGCCAUCUUGCCCGUCCGACCUGCUUCCUGUUCCAACCCAUACCCUUGCCGAAAUCACCUUGAUCCCCCCCAACUGGAUACCCCAGCUAUGUCACUCUAAACCGACGGCUUCGUCACCGAGUAGUGCGGUUUCGGACUGGUCAGUUAAAGACUUCUCGAAGCCGUCAUUACAUUCUGUGAAGGUUCGGGAUCUGAGACAAGUCGGGAAUUACUAGGAGGAGUGCAAGGAGCUGGAUAGACUACGACGACUACGAUUGUACCACAUCUGCCGUGUAGUGUAUGCCGGAUAGAUAUAGUCCGCACCGUAUCUGUCGUCCGUUUCUUGGCUACUAGCUAUUACUUCGCUUGGUCGUCGACUUUUUUGGGCGUGGAAUACCAGAGAGAGCGCGGAAGACUACCAUUCUCCGGCAAGAAUGGAACAUUCGUCCCCGUUGGCUGCCAUGCAGCCCCCCUCGGUGAUGUUUGGGCAUUGCUUUCGUGCAGAUGCACCGACAUCCUAUACUUCUUUCAGUCCAAUGCGUGGACUGGGCCACAAGAAUUUCAACUUCAAAGACCUCUCCAUGAAGAAAGGCCAUGGGGACUAUUUUAAUGUGAAACCCGUUCGAGGCUCGUCUCCCACGGCUAGCCUCGCCGCGGAUCUGUCUCAAAAUUUUCACAUUGAUCAAAGUCCGCAGCUGACAACGCCCCGGCGGUCUUUGUUCACUGCGAGCCUGCUCGGGAAUAGUAACCGGUCAGAGUCUAUGACCACACCUCCACUGCCCGCGUCCUCGCCUGCUCCCGCCAUGGAUAUCAUGGAAAUGUCCCCGUUACCGCAUAAGCCGGCGUUCGGCCUUCUGACCGAAGCCGAACUUGACUCGCCUAGCCUGGAUUCUACAAUGGAUACUCCGAUGAUGUCUGCCGCCGCUAGCCCACUCGAGGAAUCGCCCCUCGUCCAGCAAAAGGAUAGCCUGCAAGAGAGAAGACGUCCGACAUUCUUGCGGCCAAGUUUAGCCAGGAGCAAAGCCCAGACCUUUCAGCUGGGCAUGACCAAACCCGCCCCGGAGAGCCAGGCACCACCAUUCAAGUUCCAGAGCAAAGGAGGGAAAACAUCGCUGAGCGCAUCUGCAUCACUGGAGGACAUGUUCAACGAGUCACCACAGCGGGAACGGCCAUCAUUGAGUCGCCACUCCAGCGGAAUCCUGAUCAAUCCCCGUCUGAGACCGCAACUUGGAAGCAGUGGGAGCCAUGUCCGCGGCAAUGGCUCGCCCACGGCGGCUUCGAUCCGCAAAAAUUCCCACCCGAUGACGCGCCCUCGGAAACAGUGCCGACGCUCGUUGAGCAUGUUUGAGCACCCGGAGGAUAUUGUUGUCGAUAAAGAGGCUAACUAUACUACAAAUGCACCACUUCCGUCGAUCCCCGACAUUGAAGGAACCCCGAGCCUGCAGCUCCCUCACACCUUUUCUGAGGACCAGGCCGAUACACUGCCUCGCAUCGAUAAGAGUAUCCUCGUGGAGCUCCUGGAUGGCAAGUACAAUGAUCGUUUCGAUAACAUCAUGGUCGUCGACUGCCGCUUCGAGUAUGAGUACGAGGGUGGGCACAUCACCGGAGCCGUGAACUACAACGACAAGGACUUUCUGGCCGCCGAACUCUUCGCAAGCCCAAAGCCGCGGACGGCCUUGGUCUUUCAUUGCGAAUAUUCCGCCCAUCGGGCCCCGAUCAUGGCGAAGUAUAUCCGGCACAAGGAUCGUGCCUAUAACGUGGACCAAUAUCCCCACCUCAGCUAUCCUGACAUGUACAUUUUGGAGGGUGGCUACAGCGCAUUCUUUGCGGAACACCGGACAUUAUGCUAUCCACAAAAUUAUGUUGAGAUGAGCGCCAAGGAACACGAGUUUGCCUGCGAGCGUGGCCUCGGGAAGGUCAAGCAGAGGUCCAAGCUCAACCGAGCGCAGACGUUUGCCUUUGGUCAGCACUCCCCCCAGAUGGAAGACAGUCCGACGGGGAGGUGUCGCAACAACGCUGGUGACCGCAACCGGUUUCUCGGCUCCCCAUUCGCCGAGAGUCCGGCAUCUGGACGCUUCUCCGGCCGACGUAUGCUUUCCUACUGA